AUGAGCUCCUACCUGGAGUACGUGUCGUGCGGCGGCGGCGGCGGCGGCGGCGGCGGCGGCGGCGGCGGCGGCGACGUGCUCAGCUUCGCGCCCAAGUUCUGCCGCGCCGACGCCCGGCCCGCGGCCCUGCAGCCCGCCUUCCCCUUGGGCGGCGGCGACGGCGCCUUCGUGGGCUGCCUGCCCCUGGCCGCCGCCCGGCCCGCGCCUCUGGCCGCGCCGCCCCCGGCCGCGCCCGCCUUCGCGCCCUGCAGCCUGGAGGGCGCCUACGAGGCGGGCGGCGCACCUGCGGCGGCCGGCGGGGCGGACCUGGGCUGCCCGGGGCCCGGCGCGGCCUACGACCUCCCGUGCGCGCUGGGGCGGCCGGCGGGCGACGGCGGGGCGCGCGUCCACUACGCCACCUCGGCGGUCUUCUCGGGCGGCGGCGCCCUCCUGCUCAGCGGCCAGGUGGACUACGCGGCCUUCGGCGAGCCCGGGCCGCCCGCCAGGCUCAGGGAGCCGGCCGCCUUGCAGCCCGCGGCCCCGGGCCCCGGGGCCUACCCCACGUCGGCCUCGCCCGCCUCCGGCCUCCCCGCCGCCUUGAGCACCUUCGAGUGGAUGAAAGUGAGGAGGAGCGCCCCUCGGAAAAGCCGACCCGCCGAGUUCGGAGCCGCCAGCCCCUCCAGCGCCAUCCGCACGAAUUUCAGCACCAAGCAACUGACAGAACUGGAGAAAGAGUUUCAUUUCAACAAGUACCUGACUCGAGCCCGACGCAUCGAGAUCGCCAACUCCUUGCAGCUCAAUGAUACCCAAGUAAAAAUCUGGUUCCAGAAUCGCAGGAUGAAACAGAAGAAAAGAGAGCGAGAAGGGCUCCUGCCCUCCCACAGCCCCGUGGCUUCCCUCCAGCCCCCCCACUCAGGAGCCAGUACCACCAAGUCUGGAAAGAACCCGGGGAGCCCUUCUCAGGCCCAGGAGCCCUCAUGAGGUUCAGCCCUGAGGCUGAGAAAGCUUGGCCUGCAGAAGUCAUAGGCCCCCUGACGCCCGCCCGGACUUCCUGAGCUCAGCUUGGGACGGAAGUGGGCAUGGGCAGAAAUUAAUAGAGGUUUCACUUGGGAAACAAGUUUCUUAGGGGGCCUCUGGGUUCCAGAUAUCAAUUUGAGGUCUCUGUAGCCGCUUGUUUGUGUAUUAUUUGUGUUUUAUCAGGGAAAAGGUGCCCAACUGCCAGCCCAGCCCUGCUGCUGUGUCGCCUAACUUAGUCAUAUGCAAUUCUUUGGUGCAGAGGGGCAGAGCCAAUAGUUGCUGAUCUCUGCCAAACCCCGAUGUGCUGAGAAGAACGUCUACCCAAGGUUUUUCGGAUUUUAAUUUAAAGGACAGACUACAUGUAUUCAGCUUGAGAUAACCAAAGCUAGCUAGUUAGGGCCUUCUUGAUGUAGCCGAGCUGCUUCAAUGAUGAUCUUCACAUUUGCACUCCACUUUUUUUUUUUCUUUUAAAAGCAGUUUCUACCUCUUCGUGUGCCUGAGUGAAGAUACAAUCGCUGUCUAGUUAGUAGCUAAACAAAUCCACAGGGUGGGUGAACACUAGAACCUGAACUACACCUUGACACCAGUUACUCAGACUGGAAUGUAAAUAUAUACAGUAUGUAUAUUUUUAAGGAGGUGUGCUUGCAAUGAACUUCUACAUGACAUUUGAUGUCAUAGCAUGUAAAGAGUGAACUUUUUUUUGUAAUAAAAAUUACAGGAUCUGCUAC